AUGGGUCCGAUACUUCAAUAUGAUUACUGUGAGCAAGCUAAUGCAGUUGGAGGCUUUCCAGGCCAACCACAACGAAAUUAUGAUCCAUAUUCAAAUACAUAUAACCCAGGAUGGAGGGAUCAUCCAAAUUUCAGCUACAAGCCACAUCCCACAUUUCCACAGUUUCAGCCUAGACAACCCAUUCAAGAACAACCUUCAUCUUCACAACAACCAUCUUCUAAUUCAAGUAUGUCGUUAGAAGAUAUCGUUAAGUCACUUGCCAUUAACACACAACAAUUUCAGCGAGACACACAACAAUUUCAGCAACAAACACAACAAUUUCAGCAAGAAACAAGAACAAGUAUUCAACACUUAGAAAGUCAGAUGAGCCAGCUAGCAUCUACUGUGAGUAGGUUGGAAUCUCAAGGUAAGUUGCCCUCACAACCUAUUGUUAAUCCAAAACAAAAUGUGAGUGCAAUUACCCUGAGAAGUGGAAAAGGGUUGGAAGAACAUACUCAAGUGAGAAAAACAUUCAACCAAGAUGAGGAAACUGAAAAAGAGGUCCAUCAACCCCAAAAUGAUCAAAAACUCGUCAAAGAAAGUCCAGAGACUUUGGUAAUUCCUCCCCCUUUUCCUAGUAGGUUGGCCAAAUCCAAGAAAGCCGAAGAAGAAAAAGAAAUAUUUGAGACCUUUCGAAAGGUCGAGGUAAAUAUUCCUUUACUUGAUGCUAUUAAACAAAUUCCUCGAUAUGCUAAGUUUCUCAAGGAGUUGUGCACAAACAAAAGAAAGUUAAAAGGCAAUGAAAUGGUGAGCAUGGGGGAAAAUGUUUCAACUGUUUUACAAAAAAAGUUGCCCCCUAAAUGCAAAGAUCCUGGUAUGUUUACUAUCCCUUGCAAAAUUGGAAAUGUUAAUGUUGACAGCGCAAUGCUAGAUCUUGGAGCUUCAAUUAAUGUCAUUCCCCUAUCUGUUUAUUCAUCUUUGAAUGUUGGCUCCUUAAAAGAGACUUGUGUAAUUGUUCAACUUGCUGAUAGAUCUAAUGUUUAUCCUGUCAGGGUUUUAGAAGAUGUUUUAGUACAAGUUGAUGGAUUAAUCUUUCCUGCUGAUUUUUAUGUGUUAGAUAUGGAAGAAGACAAUUCUCCCAAUUCCUCAUUGAUCUUAUUAGGAAGGCCAUUUUUGAAAACUACUAAAACUAAAAUUGAUGUGCAUGAUGGUAUAUUGACAAUGGAGUUUGAUGGUGACAUUGUUAAAUUUGAUAUAUUUAAUACUAGUAUGAAACAUCUUAUUGGCAUGUCAUCUGUUUUUGUUGUGGAUAUUUUAUUGCAAGAAGAAAAUUGUCAUUUGAUUGGUGGUGAUAAACCGGAUGUUGCAUUGAAUAGAAAUCCUAACUUUGAUGAUGUGUUAGGAAGAGAAUGGUGUCUAGCCAAAGACAUAUUACGUAUGCCAAUUUGA